AUGGCUGCCAGCUUUGGCGAGAGAGCUCUGGCCGAGGUACAUGAGGCAGGGCUUGAUCAGCUUCUCAAUGAGUUGUCUGAAUUCUAUCCAGCGUCAAUUGGCAAGCGGCUGCUGUUUGGCGUGCCCAUAAUCGAUGAUUUAUUAAAGGUGUUUAUGCAAAGGCCUUCCAAUGUGUCCACAGACGCAGAAACCGGGCAAAUGCAGAACACCGUCUCAGCAGAGACGAUUCUUACAGAAGAUGACGAAGUUCUCCUCAGAUGCAGUCAGGAUGACCAGGCUAUAUUUGGAGGUGAGGACCUGAUCGAAAUGGGGUCUUCAUCGAAUUCGCCAACUAUGUCCAUGACCACUACAGCCAGAGAGCCAGUUCCUGUUGUGGAGAUCUCCAGUAGUCUAUCAGGCGCCGGCAAGACGCAGCUGUUAUACCACAUGGUAGCGAAAGCAAUUUUACCACGGAGGUUUCUAAAUGUCGACGUUGGAGGACUUGAGACGGCUGUGGUCUGGAUCGAUACCGACGAUCGACUCGACGUACACAGAUUGCAACUUGUUGCACGCGCCAUCUUUCAUGACGCGUGGAAAGAUGUGAAAACCGAGAACGAAACCGAGAACCUAGGCCACCUUUCUGAUUCACAGGUCAGUGAAGUGCUGACGUUGUGUCUACAACACGUUCACGUGUUCCGUCCACAGUCGUCUACGGCCCUUCUUGCAACGCUUGCUCAACUUGAUCACUAUCUGUAUGAUCUGUCACGACACUAUUCUGCUUCGAGGCGACUGCAUACGGUCAUCAUUGACAGUGCCACAGCUUUUCUAUGGCAAGACAAGCUGAGAGAUGACAUCGCCCGAACUGACGAGAUUGGGCAAUCUCGCAUGGAGAUUGAAGGACGACGUCAGCUGAAGCAAAGCUUCCAUCUAUCAGAUCUUUAUGCGGAUAUUGUUUCCGAACUGAAGCGACUUCAGGACCUGUUCGGGUGUGCUAUUGUUUACACCACCACUGUCUCAAGCGGACGUUUCUCUACAUCAACCAGCAGCGGGCCGCCUGGUCUUUACGAUCGCCCACCUACUUCGACGCCAUCGCUACGACCGGCCUUGCCUGCGCCCUGGGGUCUGUUUCCUACACUUCGGCUAGUGGUUCAUCGUGGCACUGUCCGCCCUUUUCCACCCGCAAUGAGCGCGCAUGACGCCAGAAAGGAUGCAUCUAUGCGACAAGGGAUAGUUCAACAAGGAAAAUUCUCUGCGUGGGUCAAUGCUUGGGGCCAGGAAGACUGGCCACGUCGAGUAGUGGACGGCGUGCACUGGCACAAUGGCGGGUGCUUUUCCUUUUAUGUUCGAGCCACCGGUGUGGAGAUUCCGACGUCGUACAAUGGAUAA